CCCGGCGGAGACCUGGAAGCCUGCGCUCACCAUGAAGCGGCCCAGGGAGCCGAGCGGCUCCGAGGGCGAGUCCGACGGACCCAUCGACGUGGGCCGCGAGGGCGAGCUUAGCCAGAUGGCCAGGCCGCUGUCUACCCCCAGCCCUUCACAGAUGCAAGCCAGGAAGAAACGCAGAGGGAUCAUAGAGAAACGGCGCCGAGACCGCAUCAACAGCAGCCUUUCUGAAUUGCGGCGCUUGGUCCCCACUGCCUUUGAGAAGCAGGGCUCCUCCAAGCUGGAGAAAGCUGAGGUCCUGCAGAUGACGGUAGAUCACUUGAAAAUGCUCCACGCCACUGGUGGGACAGGAUUCUUCGAUGCCCGAGCCCUGGCAGUUGACUUCCGGAGCAUCGGUUUCCGGGAGUGCCUCACUGAAGUCAUCAGGUACCUGGGAGUCCUGGAAGGGCCCAGCAGCCGUGCGGACCCCGUCCGGAUUCGCCUUCUUUCCCACCUCAACAGCUAUGCAGCCGAGAUGGAGCCUUCACCCACGCCCACUGGGCACUUGGCCUUUCCUGCCUGGCCCUGGUCCUUCUUCCAUAGCUGUCCAGGGCUGUCAGUCCCAAGCAGCCAGCUCGCCAUCCUAGGAAGAGUGCCCGGCCCCGUCCUCCCCAGCGCCUCCUCGCUUACGUACCCCAUCCCAGCCCUCCGAGCCACUCCUGUGCGCAGAGCCGCUGGCACUGUCCUGCCAGCCCGGAGGAAUUUGCUGCCCAGUCGAGGGGUGCCUUCUACCCGGAGGGCCCGCCCUCUGGAGAGGCCAGCUGUCCCCCUGCCCAUGGCCUCCAGCAGCAGGGCUGCCAGGAGCAGCCACAUGGCACCCCUCCUGCGGUCUUCUUCCUCCACACCCCCUGGAGUUACAGGGUCCCCUGCUUAUGCAACUGUUCCUGCCCCCAGGCCCUCUUCCCCGGGGCCAGCUGGGAGGCCCACAGGAGCUGUGCUCUGCCACUCCUGGGUCUCCGAAAUCACAGAAGUCGGGGCGUUCUGAGCUGGCUUUCCCACCCCCAGGAGUGAGGAGAGUUCCUUUUGCUGGAGCUCUUAAAGUGGCGCUGCCUUUUCUGUCCUGCCUCCUGGACUGGCUCAUGCAUGAAGGUGUCUUCUCCUGACAGAGGCCCCCUCCUCCUUUGGCCCAUCUCCCCUCCUCACUGCUCAUCCAAGCUUGUCCACCCAGAUCUCCUGGUGCUGUUUUGAUCUCAGAAGCUGGUCUAGCUUCUUCCCUGGACAGAUGAGUCCCAGGAGACCCCAAAGCGCCGUGCCCAGACCCCUUUCCUACUCUAGUAUGCAUGGGGCAGCUGGCAUGAAUCUCAGCUCUGGGAACAAAGAUCUGACCUAAAAGGUACAGUAGCCUGAGGCUAGCUGCUUCCUUAGAGAGAUCAAACCCCAACCAGGAACAAUGACUGACUAGGUGCAGCCUUCCAAGGCCCAAGGGAACAGAACAUGGAGUCUGCCUCACUUCCUGAGACAGUAAUAGAGCAGGGGCCACAGAGAGGUCUCCUGAGAACCCUGUCUGCCCCUGCCCACCUGUCUUCGGCCCACCACAUCGCAGUGAACCACAGGAUGGCCCUGUGUCUACCACGGCCAGAGCCUGGGGGUUGGAGGCCCAGCUGGGCCUGCUCCUGCCCUCUUUCCAGCUUCAGACACCCACCCUCCAGCUGACCAACAGUUCCCUGCACACAGCUGGGAGGUUUCCUGGCAGCAGUUAGGCUCCAUGACAGGAUAUCCUUACCCCCAGGCCUGGGACAGCGCUCACAGACAGAAGCCAGGAUCCAGCAGAAAGCCCAGUUCUUUGCCUCUCGCACCAUCACCAUCCUCUAGGCAUGUGGUCCCUAUUGGUUGCACAGUGUGGAGAGCUAUAUUCCCACGUGAUGGCGCCCAGAGAGGAAUCCUCUUGGGAUUCAGCACCAGACACUUGUACUGCCUGGUUUGCAUCCGGCUCAUGGAGCCCAGACUGCUAGGACAGCCAAGGGCUGUCAGGCUGGACAAAAAUAACUGCAAGGAGGGGCAAGAGGAAGGACUGUCAGGCGGCUUGGCCCUGCAAGGUCACAUAGUGGGUCGAGGGCCUGAGAUCCUGUUCACCCAAGAUUCCAUGCAGCUGGCUUUGCUCAGAGGCCAUUUCAUUACCCAUCUCCAACUCAGGCCACUUUUCCUCUAACAGAGGGAACAAAUAUCCCAGCUGCCAUUCCGGGUGGAAGAUCAGAGGCCGAACAAGAUUGGAGCAGACCAAGGACUGACAUUCAGCGGGACCGGUGUUGCCAGACCCGCUGUAAAAUGUAGAAACACUCCUGUGCUCAUUGGCAAAUACCUGCUUCCCCUGAGUGCCCCCUUCCACCAAGCGGCUUUGCCCCCAGGACCUCAUUAUGCCUGGCCGACCUAAGGCCAUGGAGUCCUCCAGCUGGCAGUUCGUUCUCUGGUGCUUAUUCCGCACUCGUUAUGAAAUAUUUUUUGAAGGUCACUCCUGGGAAGAUUCUCCCAUCUCCACCCUUUGGUGGAACUACCUUCCCUAGAAGCUGAAUUGAGGAGACUCCAUGGGCUCAAAAGUAGAGUUUGUAAAAACCCUGGGGAAAAAGGGCCCUUUCAGAGAAGUGGGUCAAAGGGCAAAGAUCAUUUAAAUGACCCAGAAAGCUCUUUUGAAAAGGCACAUUCCUCAGGAGGCAUAAAGAGCUAAGUAAGUCUUUCACUUCGCAGUGUUAGUUCCAUCAGAUUGCUGCCCUCCUGGGCCCAUCCGUGUUGUGCAGCAGUGAGGAGAGAGGGAGUCACUGGCCUGGGGUGCUCCCUCCCCCUCUUCCUCUUCUCCCUCCCUAUCUCAGGUGGUGGCUCACUGCUCCCAAGGUUAUCAGGUCAGUGCUGCAGUCCUGGCAACUUCCUAACUUGAGAAUCCAGCACUUACGCUCUGGUGCUGUGGGAAGCCUGGUUCCAUGUUUCCAGCACCCAAUUCCGAAAGAAUCUGUUCACAUCAUUGAAUGAGGUGGGAUAGCCCAGAACUUUCAGCAUCUUAGUUGAUCUCAAGUUUAUUCUCCUGAGAGAUUGUGGGGGGAAAGGUGACUGGACGUGUUUGUUUCCAUGGUUGAGGAUUUGUAUCUUUUGUUUAUAUUUCCGAGCCUCACUGAUACCUUCGACUCCUACCCCAUUGCUGGGGUUGUUGCAGACAUCAAAUAAAGUUUAGUUCUUCUGGAAA